AUGGCCUCCUCAUCGCCCACCGCUACCCCUACUCAGCCCGCCAACAACGAGAACACCACAGCCAGCAACACCAUGGCCGACACAGGCUUCUCAGACGAGAACCUCGACCGUGACUGGAAGCCCAAUGGCCGCCGUCCCCAAUCCACAAUCGCCCGCUCCUUCUCAGCUGAGCUGGCCGAUAUCUUCCGCCUCGACAACAGCGUUGCUGACCUCGAUGCCAAGAUUGAUGAGCGAAAGCAGGUAGUUCAGACACGAGCCUCCGAGCUCGAAGCACUCGAGCAGCGCAUCAAAGACAUGGAGGCCCGCCUCAAGCGAAACGCCGCAGCCCCCGCUCAACCCAAAGUUCCUCAUCUCGAGCCCGUCACACAACAGGCGCAAGACCAGAAGCACGGGGGAUCCCGACCCGGCACAGCCAGGGCGAGCCAGCAGGCGGUCCCGGGGGCCCUGCCGCCGACACCGACGGCUAGUGAAGGUGAAUACGAGCUUCUUGAUGACCCUUAUACUACAUCCUUUGGCCCAGAGUUCCCCCGAUUCCGUCACCCGCACCUGGUGCCGCGCAUGACGAGUGCGAAUGGCACUGGCGGCAAUGUUCUGCACCAGGCACAGCAGCUUCGCAGCCAGCACUACCAGAACGUCCAGCUCAGUCCCACAGCCACUCUUAUUAAUACCAACCAGCACCACCUCAAUAUCAAUAAGAACCCAAGCUCCGACGCGAGAUCAAUCAGGAGCGUUCGAACUAUCGGCUCCGAGAACGGAAGUGCUGACUUUAUAAUUGUGCCCGGUCCAGAUGGCGACGAAAAGUUCUAA